GUCGUGACCUUGUUAAACGACCUCUACACCUGUUUCGACGCCAUCAUCGACAACUUUGAUGUUUACAAGGUGGAGACCAUCGGUGACGCCUACAUGGUGGUGUCCGGUCUGCCGGUGAGGAACGGGAAGCUCCACGGGCGGGAGGUGGCCCGGAUGAGCCUCGCCCUGCUGGACACCGUCAAGAGCUUCAGGAUCCGACACCGAGCCAAUCAGCAGCUGCGGCUACGCAUCGGCAUCCACAGCGGUCCAGUGUGUGCAGGUGUGGUCGGGCUGAAGAUGCCCAGGUACUGUCUUUUCGGAGACACCGUCAACACAGCGUCACGCAUGGAGUCCAAUGGAGAGGGUAACACGCGCACACACACACACACACCCACACACACACGUAUACACACACAUCACAGUAGACUGUAUAGAAAGUCACCCACAGGUUUAUUAAGAGCCACAGUGAAGCUCAAAGGUUGUGGCACCAACCGUUGCCAUUUCGUUGUUUCGAAACCAGAAGUGACCAUAUUUGUAUAGUAAACAAAUAAUAAACUUAAGCUCAGCCUAAAAUACAUGAAAAUACAAUACUUACUGUUUAUAGUUUUCACAUGUUAUCAUAUUAUAUUUUAUGUCCUGUUUCUGU